GACCCGGGAGCCGCGAGCCCCGGAGGAGGCGCGGGUGGCGCCGCCAUGGACUUCCAGCAGCUGGCAGAUGUCGCGGAUAAGUGGUGUUCCAGCACACCCUUCGAGCUCAUCGCCGCCGAAGAGACGGAGCGCAGGAUGGACUUCUAUGCCGACCCGGGCGUAUCCUUCUACGUGCUGUGUCCGGACAACGGCAGCGGCGACAGUUUUCACGUGUGGAGCGAGAGCGAGGACUGCCUGCCCUUCUUGCAGCUGGCACAGGAUUACAUCUCUUCCUGCGGCAAGAAGACACUCCAUGAAAUCUUGGAAAAAGUCUUCAAGUCCUUCCGACCUCUGCUGGGGCUUCCAGACGACGAGGACGCCUUUGAAGAUUACACUGCGGAUGUGGAGGAGGAGCCAGAGGCGGACCACCCCCAGAUGGGGGGGACCUUGCUGAGGAAAAGCAUGACAGAGGAGAAAUGCAGCCUGCACUUUUUAUGUCCCUUUGACGUGUCCAUAAGUGAAAGGUCUUGCUUAGGAAGCAUGAGUUUUACUAGCUAGUCGUGAACUGCGCACGCGCAGAUGCCGAGGGUGAGGGCGGCUGCGCUCCUUGUAGAGUUUCUCCACUGUCGGAUUGGUUACCUGAGCAUGUAGCGGCCAGCCACUGGUCAGUGUAAAUGUUCCGCGGUUGUUCGAUCGUUUUAAAACGUGCUGAUUCCAAAGCCACUUUUAAAUUCUAAUAGUGGAAAGUAUAGAUGGGGUGAAAGAUAUAAAUUAUUGAUUGCUUAAAACUGUUUCUAAGCCUGCAUAUGAAAUGAAACCUUCACCUUCUCUCUUAUGAUGAGACGGCAACUUGUUAAAUCAUGAAAACAACAACCAGAAUCCGAGUAAGUGACCCUUAAACUUUGAAGCCAUAGAUGAAAUCUAAUAGGAAAAUAAACCAAGAAAAAAUUUACAUAUAAUGAAUUCCUUUACUUUCCUAAUCUUUUAUUCUUUAGAGAAUGUCAAGGAAAGGCUCCCAGCGAGUUAUUUUAUUUGAAAUGAUAAUGAAAUGCUCUAGGGACCCUCCAUACAGUGAAAUUUUAAAGUGACAUGAACGUGGGAGUCUUAAUUAGGGGAUUACUUAGUUAAAAGAGGAUGUUUUAAUGAUCAGGACACACAGACAACUCUCAGAAGUAACUGCUGCCAUCACUUAACCACUAAGUACCAGGACAUUGUCUAAUGCCAUUGUGAGACCCUCCCGUGUCCCGGGUUCUCAUAACUCAGGAUGCAAGAACUCCCUUCUCGGCACUUGACUCCUCCGUGCAUCCAGUGUGGGAAUGUUGUGCGUGCACACACACACAGAGACACUCACGGACACACACAUGUAAUCUGAUUAUGUUAUCAGCAUUUUAAACCCAAACCAAACCCACCAUCGCAGAAGCUUGUGUAUAUGGCAGCCGUGUCCGGGCAUUUUGUUUAAUCCAGUGAUGCCGUAAAGGGUCUCUUUGUUCCUUGGUGCGCUGCAGAGUUCAGUUGCUGGGUGAUGGCACAUUGUGGAUUCCAUCUGUGCUUUUCUACCUGUGUUUUUAUUUUCUGGAGGAAACUUAUUAAUGCUUAAUUUCAAGCCGAGUGACUUCCCUUGAAGUCGCCCAUUAGCACAGUUAGACUUAGUACCCCUUCUAGGGUGUGAGGUCCAGUCUUGUCCAUGCUCCUCCUGCCACGUCUGCACAUAGUCGGGAGACUUGAGCUCUCUGUCUUGUGGAUACGGUCCAGGGCAGGUGACUUCCUUUUAAACAUAAUAGGCCACACAAAUAAAUGACUUUUGGAGGUAAAAUGAAGACACCUGAGCAGUUUGCUCCAUUAUGAGGUAACCUGGAAUUUUAUACAGAGGCUUCAAAUCUAAAUUUACAUAUGUUCGAACAUUAAUAUAAGAUGGGUUUUUAUCAAAAACAUAUUUGAACUUUGACCAAAUAUACUUGGUAUCAUCAUGUUAGUGUUCUGUAUUCGUUAAGACCCCUAGUGGUGCAGCGGGCUACUGACAACUCUAGUCAGUCUUUUGUGUGCUCCCCCCCUCACCCCCCAGAGGGGGUCAGGAAGAGCAAACGUCCCUGGAUGUGGCUGAUUUCCAUGACAAAACCCCCAGGCGUCAGCAAAUUUACUGUCCUUGCAAACCUCCCUCUGUCCGCUGUUGUGUGUAUCCCUUCCAGUGUGCACCUGUGUGUGCAAGCACACACAUAGCCACCCCUACCCAUUCUGUCAGCAGUCAUAUCCCAGUGGGAGCCCAAGGUGAACAGCCUGUGGUUGGUUAGUUAUGGAAACGGGCCUGCUCCACUGUGAGAAAAGUGUGACCCUUCCCAAGACCACAGAGGCAUUCCAGGACUACGGAGAACUCAGCCCUUGAGUGCAAACAGUGAUAAGUCAUGUGACUUUCCUACGAAACGGGUUUUUGCUCUGUGAGCUUUAAAUCCCGUCCUGCUGCUGCUGCCGUAGGAAGUAUGUGAGCGAAAAGUGCAACAGUCAAGGACAGUGAGGGACACGGGAAGAAAAUAAUUUGGAAUUUUGCCAAAAAUGGUGUCCUUAAGAUGUUGACCAUGCCACUGCCUUAGAAUUUGGUGGCAGUGGAUGUCCAGAUCCUGGAGCCUGGAGUCUGCCCCCUCCCAAAGGCUUUGGAGUUGGUUGGUAGUUAACCCAAGAGGGGAGCUUAGCUUGAAGAAUAGCUAUAAACAAACGUGUGCUUGUCUUGUCGCCCUGGAAAGUGACAGUGGAAAAACUUGGUAGGUAGUGGACAGAAACAGAGUGAGAAUAAACACACAAGGGAAGGACUGAUCGCCCACUGACCGCGAUGACCGGCUGUGAAGUCUGAAUUCUGCCCUGACAACACUACAGAGCCUGAUCCUAGCACUGAGUGACUCAGGGAGACACGUUCCUCCUAUCUGCCUGGUGAUAGCAUUGUGCAGUCUUCAAGGAUCCAAGUCUAGAGCCAGGGAGGAUAGUGAAGCCCCGUGCUGUACCUGGCACCACUUGGGUUCAGUCCCACGGAGUUUGUGACUCCGAGGCUCACUGCAGCACAUGGUGUAUUUUGUGUUUCCAUGACCAGAGCACAAAACAUCUGUUAUAUGAUGAAACUGUCCUUGCACGCUGCCAGCAGAGCUGGUUUUGCAGUGUGCUUAAGGAAAACUGAAGCACACUGGGGGUGACCCCAUUGCUCAGGACAGACAGACCUGUUCUCUAGCACAGUGCAUGGCUCUGAAUAUUGUUUCAGUUUCUCAGAGCAGGGAGAAAGCGUCUGGGGUGUUGUCAUCCCAGAGUGGAGUGUUUUAGUUAUUGCAUGUUAAAAUUUACCAGUUGGGAAACAGUUUAAUCAAAUUGGGUUUUCUACAGUGAGAGGAAUGUAGAAAUGGGCAAGAUUUAAUGUGGGUUGGGAGGAGAUGAACAGGGACCACGAGAGAGAAAGGUCUCAGUCUAUCUGGGUUGUAAACAAAGCACACAGCCCACACUUACUUCCUGGGGUACAGGACCAAGUGGCCUAUUCUUAGCUGUCUCUAGAGAGCUGCUUUCCUCAGAGACUGGAGGUUUAGAGGAUGCUGGUGAUGGCUCUGUGACUUUCCCAAUGCCCCCUGCCAAGCCAAAGGCACGGUAAGUGCCCUGCAUACCUGGUGGAAUUCCUUCCCCUAAAAAUAAAAUCCACGGCUAGACAGGGAAGCAUGCCUUCGUGAGUGCUGGCUCCAGAGUGACUGCAAUGGCAGCUGGCAGAACGUGAACCAUGCCUGCCCUCUCCUCCACUGGUGCUUCCCCUGUCAGUGAAACUCAAAUGAAGGCUCUUGUCCCUAGAAUAAGCCUUGAGUGGGAUAUGUCAUGCCUGGCUUGUUGUAUCGUCUCCAAAUGUGCACAAGAAGGUUUUCACAUUAGAAAUCCCUCUUUCAUACAAACUCAGUUACUUGGUUUAACGGUAGCUAGUAUGACUCGAGAAGUUGAGGUCUUUUAGGUUUCAUAUGGAGUAGGUGUAAAACUUGCCAGAAUGCUGGCAGCCUGUGGUCUGUGGCAAUGGCAUAAACAUUUCAUGUUAGGAACCCCAUUCACUACACUGCAUUGCUGAAUAAUUCAGAGCAGCUUAAAGACUGCACCAAGCCACAGUUAGUCCUCUUAGGGCUGUGUUCAAGUUGUUCGGUAUUAGGGAGAAAGCUGGCAGUGUGCUCCUCAUAUCUCCCUGGGCCUUCCUUUCGUUUUUGUUUCUUGAGAUUCGAUUUUAGCAGGUACCUUCUGAACUGGCCUAGACGGAUGCCCUAUAUACAAAUGCCAGCUUUCUAAAAGGCACUAAAAUAAAUAGUCAGUGCUGGGCAAGUCCAAACCCAGCUACAAUCUAGUGCUAAUUUGUGUACAAGCAAGAUUUCAGCCACCUCCAGAGAAGCAAAUCAGAAGAAACAAAAGCAAGGGACUUUGUUUGCUUUUUUGGUUUUUCGGGCUGGGAGAUUUUCCUGUGCGGUGUGUGUGUGCUUUCUUUGAGUUCACAUUUCCUUUCAGAGAGCGCUCUUGUAAAUGACAAACUGUGAAAUGGGUUGCCAAAAACUUGUCCUUUCUUAGAUGCUUCAGACAGAACUGUGUAAAUUCUCUCUGCACCCUGUCCCAUCUGCUCCCUCCUCCUUCUCGUGAGAGCAAGGACCACAUCCAAGGAUGUAAUUACCAUAAGCUUGCUAUUAAAGAGCCUUUCAGCCCUA